CUCAUCUGCCAUGGAACUGGCCAGCCCCCACUCCAAUUUUCAAUCAGACUUGGAUUUCUGCCCGGAUUGCGGCUCGGUCCUGCCGCUGCCCGGAGCUCAGGAUACUGUCAUCUGCCCUCGCUGUGGCUUCUCCAUAGACGUGCGAGAUUUCGAAGGGAAGGUUGUGAAGACCUCGGUUGUGUUCCACAAACUGGGGACGGUCAUACCUACAUCUGUGGACGAAGGACCUGAAUCCCAGGGACCAGUGGUUGACAGGCGCUGCCCUCGAUGUGGUCAUGAGGGAAUGGCGUACCACACCAGACAGAUGCGCUCAGCUGAUGAAGGACAGACUGUCUUCUAUACCUGUGUCAACUGCAGGUUUCAGGAAAAGGAAGAUUCUUGAUCUCUCCUGGCAACUCAGCAACACUGCUCUUCCUCUUGGGAGGUGAAGAUAGUCCUUUGAGGCCUCCCUCCCCUCUGGGUACAGUGCUAUGUUCUCAGAAUAAGAUUAUCACCCCCAGCUGGGCGGUGGUGACACACCUUUCAUCCCAGCAUUCGGGAGGCAGAGGCAGGUGGAUCUCUGUGAGUUUGAGGCCAACCUGGUCUACAACAGCUAGUUCCAGGACA